GAAGGACCACCACCAUGGCACCCAAGCUCCGUAACAAGAAGGGCGACACGUUCGCUCGCAAGUACUUUACGCGGACCAAGGCGAUGCGCAAGCUCGGGCUGUCUGUGGGCAACUUCCGGCGGCUCUGCAUCCUCAAGGGCGUCUUUCCGCGGGCGCCCAAGGGCUCGGGCUCGUCGAGCCAGGUCUACUACCUGGCCAAGGACAUCAAGUUCCUGGCCCACGAUCCCCUGCUGCAGUCAUUCCAGAAGGAGCACCGGCAUUUCAAGCAGAUGAAGUCUGCGCUCGGAGUGCGCGACUUUAAGAAGCUCAACGAGCUCGUGGCACGGCGGCCGUCGAUCUCGGUCUCGCACAUCAUCCGCGAGCGGUACCCGACGUUUGUGGACGCCAUCCGCGACCUGGACGACGCGCUCUCGCUCAUGUUCCUCUUUGCCUCGGUCGAGCGGCUGCACUACCGCUACCAGCCUGCGCUCCUCUCGUCGAUCGAGUUCAGCACCCUGCACUUUCUCAACUACGUCGUCAAGACCUCGUCACUGAAGAAGGUCUUCAUCUCCAUCAAGGGCAUCUACUACCAGGCCGCCAUCAUGGGCCAGAACGUGACGUGGAUUGUGCCGCACCGCGCCAAGGUCGACACCGAGCUCAUUGUCAACCACACCAUUCUGCACUCGUUUGUUCAGUUCUACGACACCCUGCUCAAGUUUGUCAACUUUAAGCUCUACGCCACGAAGGAAAUGCCGUACCCGCCCGAGGUCUCCGAGACGCUCCGCGCCGGCGAUGCUAUGCUUGACAUCUUCAACGUCGAGGCGGCAGCAGCCGACGAUGGUGGCAUGUCUCCGGCUGAGAACGCUGUGUCCGAGGAGGCAGCGGCGUCCGAGGCCCCGAUCACCGACGACGACAUGCGGUCGCGCAUCGACUCGCUCCGCGCCACCAUCGAGUCGCGUGCCGAGGAGGAGAGCGCGCUGGUGGCGGCAACCGGCGGCAAGGACGACGAGAACGAGCUCGACGAGUUUGAGGAGGACGAUGAGGACGAGGAGGCGCGCGUGAAGCGGCUCGCCGCCCGCCAGGCCAAGAAGGCGCGCCAGCGCAAGAAGUGCCUCUUUGCCGGCCUCAACAUCUGGCUCAACCGCGAGACGCCCGUCGACUCGCUCCAGUUUGUGGUCAAGGCGCUCAAGGGCGAGGUGGCGUGGGAGACGCACCCCGCGCCGGCCUUUGCCCUCGACUCGCCGCGCAUCACCCACCACAUCAUCGACCGUCCGAUGGCGGGCAAGACCAUCGCCGGUCGCGUUUACGUCCAGCCGCAGUGGGUCUACGACUCGGUCAACGCCGGCUUCCUCCUCCCCACCGAGUGGUACGCGCCCGGUGCCGCCCUUCCGCCGCAUCUCUCGCCGUUUGAGGAGUACGCCGAGGGCGACCACGUGCCCGACCAGUACAAGGUCAUCACCGACCUCAAGAACGAGCUCUUUGCCUCGGAGGAGGUCAAGGCCAAGCUGGCCGCCAAGGCCAAGGCCAAGGCCCUCGAGGAGGCCCGCGCCACCGGCAUUCUCUCGCUCGAUGAUGCCCAGCGCGAGCAGGUCUAUUCGGAAGAGCUCCUUGCCGAGCAGCUCGGCAUCCCCUAUACCCGCUGGGCCAAGAUGUCCGAGGAGGAGCGCGAGGCCGUCGUCAAGAACGCGGCCGAGCCCAUCGGCCCGAGUCACUCGGACGAUGACGCUGCGCCCGCCGGCGACAAGACCAAGGCCAAGCGCAAGCGCGUGUCCAAGCAGCAGACCCGCUCCGUCGAUGACAACCUCGACACCAUCAUGCUCUCCAAGAAUAAGCGCCGCAAGUACAACUCAGUCAUCAACAAGCGUGAGUCGCGGAAGCGCAAGGCCGACAUGCUCGCCUCCCGCAAGGCUGCGCUGGAGGCCAAGGCCAACAAGUAAAACAAGCUCCUGAAAUCC